CUCGUCCUAUAUAAGCCAGUGCAAUUUUGUAUGUAAAUUUCAAAACUAUUGUAUUACAACCAACUUGAUUCCUAACACGAUGAGAGUCCACAAAAUGGUAACUAUGGUAGCUCUUGCUGCCAUUGCGAUGGCGCAAAACCCUGCGGGGUUGACCGAUGUUGCAAUUGACGCACCAGACAGUGUAAUUGACACAGAAAAAAGUGUAAUUGACACACUAGAUAGUAUAAUUGACACACCAGUCCUUGUAAUUGACACACCAGAAGCUUCAGUUUCACCUGAAGUGAUUGCCGUUACACCAACGGCAUUAAAUAUAGAGGUACCUGUUGCUACACCAUCGGCUUCGAUUUCGGAGAUACCUGUUGUGACACCGUUAGCCGUGACACCGUCACCUUUCGCUACAGCAUCUUCUUCCGAAGUUUCUGUCGCGACAAUGCUGCCUGUUGCUACAGCAAGUGCAUCUCUUUCAGAUGUACCUGUCACUGUUACACCCACAGCAUCGUCUUCGGAAGUACCUGAGGCCACACCCACAGCAUCGUCUUCGGAAGUACCUGAGGCUACACCCACAGCAUCAACUUCGGAAGUACCUGAGGCUACACCCACAGCAUCAACUUCGGAAGUACCUGAGGCUACACCCACAGCAUCAUUUUCGGAAGUACCUGAGGCUACACCCACAGCAUCGUCUUCGGAAGUACCCGAGCUUACACCAACGGCAUCGUCGUCAGAUGUACCUGUCGCUACAAUGACAGCAUCUCCUUCUCCUUCUGCCAGCGAGUCAAUGAGGCCAGUAGUCACUUUUACGCCCUCUGCAACAGCCACACAAACAGCAUCUUCUUCUCCGUCAGCGAGCGAGACAGCAUCUCCUUCUCCGUCAGCGAGCGAGACAUCAAGGCCAGUCGUAUCAAUCACACCAUCCGCCUCUCCUAGCACAUCCAUGAAAGCUGUUGUCACGCCCACCUCAACUGUCCCCGACAGUGACUACAUCACUUGUGCGAUUAAGAAUAUCGAAAGUCCCUUAGGCUGUGAUGAGCUUCAGGACGACGAGUCGUGCUGCCGAUACAGUUGGAGCUGCGGAGGUCUACACAAGUGUACUUCUUCCUACUGUUGCACGGAGACCACCCCCACACCAACUCCCCAUCCUUCACCUUCAACCACGCCAAGUUACGAGCCGGUCGAUAACUAUAUCAACUGUGCUGUGAAGAAGUCUGAAGGUGGCUUCAAAUGCAGCAGUAGUGAAGAGGUUGACAAAACAAAGGAGUGCUGUCGUUGGUCUGACAAGUGUGCCGAUUUGAGUCACUGUACCGAGAGUUACUGUUGCACUGACAGUGGUUCUUAUCCCGAUCCAUCGCCUUCUGCCAAACCACAAGACUACACCGUCAAAUGCCAGGAGAAACACGGAGUCUCUUGUUCCGUGGGCUACGAGCUAGACGACGACAAGAAGUGCUGCGAGUACCCCGGCGCAUGCGGAGAUCUUAAAAGUUGUAAAUCAGACUACUGCUGUACCGAAUCCGGCUCAUUACCACCAGUCGACACCGAGGGAGCCUGUGAUUGUGAUGGGGCAGUACUCGACAAGGUAUGCUACUCGUCGAUUGAGAAAGCCAUUACAGCUGCAUCAGAUGGUGACACUAUCUUUGUUGGUGGUGAUAUCGAGGUAGACGCGCCUAUUCAAUUUACAAAGAGUCUGUCCUUCAGCGGUGUGCUUUGUGAUGACGAGCGGGCUCAGAUUAUCGCCACUUUCGAUGAGGUUGAUGGAGCUAUCUUCGAGGCUGUGAAUGAGGAUGAACAGGAAGUGAACUUCCUAUACUUGGCUAUCACCAGCAAGGGUGACAACUCAGCUGCAGCAUUCCACUCUCUUGGUAGUGUCACUGACGCACCUGACCAGAAAGUGACCAUGAACUUGACUAACGUGUGGAUCCAUGAUAUGUACAGUCAAAGACCUGGUGUAGGAAUUUUCAUCGGAUCCACCAAGGGACUUACGGUUGACGACAACUGUUAUUUCUACAGCUUGAACAUGAGCACAUCUGAGAUGGAAAUGUAUGCAGGUGGAGCUGCUAUUGCCGUUGUCUAUCUACCCGAGGGCAGUGAGAUCCGCAUCGCUGGCUCGUUUAAGAACAACAGUGCAUUCUAUCCCGAUGCAUCAUUGCACAGCGGAGGUGGUGCCAUUUACCUGGACUACAUGGAGGGAGAUGUAAAGUUCACAGCUGCCUUCGAGAACAACUCCGCCAACCAAGGUGGCGCCGUUAAUGUACAGGGAGUGCUUGGUACUCUCAUUGUGGAUGGUUACUACUCUGAGAAUCACGCCAUCGAUGAUGGAUACGGUUCACGAGCUGGUGCAUUUCGUGUGCUUGAGAUCGAGGCCUCAGGCACUGCUAUCUUCAACGGCUCCUUCAUUGGCAAUACUGCUCAGGGACGUGGAGGCGCCAUCGCCACUAACAUACAUACUUCGGGUGGCAAGAUGUACUUGGAUGGUAUCUUCCAGAACAACGUAGCUUCCACUGUCGGUGGAGUGUGGAGCAUGUGGUCUAACACGCAGUUGGAGGGUAUGGUCCAGCUCGAUGCCGACAGUAUCUUCGAAGGUAACCUAGCUGCGUAUGAUGACUCCAAAUCUGGUAUCUACAAUAUCGCUCAAGAUGGUGACACAGAUAAGCUUGCCGAAGACGAGUGGUUCGGCCGCGCUAUCACCAUUAAUUAGAUGCUCGAAAACAAUUUAGUACGCUACCCGUAUGUCUGAUACAGUAUGGAGUCUAGUAAGAGCUAUCUAGAGUGAUGUUAUCAGGAAACAAUAAAUCGGAGUACAAGCUCUAUUUCAAUUGUAGAGGUAUUCUUCCAUAGCGAG